ACAAAGGCUUUCAGUCAUUAUGGGCCUUGGAAAUUUACCUCUGGAUAUGAAAAGUAAACAACAGUUUAUUUGAAGAUAAGUAUAAUUCUUAUUGGUUUUGAAUUAUACCGUAAAAAUUUGACAAAUUUUCAUGGUAAAUGUAACAAAAGGUAUGCAAUCAAUGCUAGAAUCUCGCUCAGCAGUCUACAAGAUGUUGAAGGAUAAAGCUCAUAAGGACAGGCAAAUAAACACAUUCCCACGACCCUACCGAUAUGAUGCAACACCAUAUAAGCAGUUGGAUUUCAGUCAAAUAGUGAAGGAAGCAUGUUCCUCAAGUCGUCCAGUCAUGGCUGGAUUGAAGAUAUCCAAAGCAAUAUUUUUGGGUGAUGUUGCAGUUGGUAAAACGUGUUUAGUCAAUAGAUUCUGCCACCAGGUAUUUGACAGUAAUUACAAAGCAACAAUUGGAGUGGAUUUUGAAGUGGAGAGGUUUGAUAUUCUUCAGGUGCCUUUUAACUUGCAAAUAUGGGAUACUGCAGGUCAGGAGAGAUUCAAGUGCAUUGCCUCCUCAUAUUACCGUGCUGCUCAUGUGAUAGUGGUUGUGUUUGAUCUCUCAAGCCUCAUGUCACUCUCACACUGCCCCCAGUGGCUGGAAGAAGCUCUCAAUGCCAAUUCUGGUUCACCACAUAUCUUUCUUGUUGGAACGAAGAGAGAUCUUAUGACAAGAACAGCAUUCUCAGAAGUGGAGGGUCAUGCAUUGCGACUAGCAGAGCAAGUAGGAGCUGAAUUCUGGGCAGUGUCAUCACGUACUGGUGAUGGAGUAUCUGAACUGUUCUGCAGAAUGGCUGGCCUAGCGUUUGAUAGUUCUGUAUGUCGAGAAAAAGAAGCAUCUUGUAAAGCAAUGACAGUAGGCUCCGACUUGGUCACACUGAAACAAACACCAAGAACAACGCCCGUCAAGCCUAGACCAAAAUGUAGUGGAAGCUGCAGUAAUUAACACAUUACUGAAUACAAGUUGGUGAAAGCAAUUGAAGUGGAACUGAAACCAUGUGAUGGCUAAAACUGCAUCCAAAGUUUGAAGCACCUAAUUCUGCACUGGAGUUAUGUUUUGUUUUUUUACUUCUUAUCAUAUGUUUUAUAUAUGUAUAGAGUUGUAAUAGUGUGAAUGUCAGUAGAAGGCAUAAAUCGCAGAUGUGCAAUGAAUUUUGUGGAUUAAGAUUCUAUUUAAUUUUCUGUAGGUAAACAGUUUCAUUAUAUACCAAAGCAAUGGUGUUUAUUAACAGUAUAGGAUCUCAUUGAGUACUUUGCAUUUAUAAUUAUAUUACGCUCCAUAAUUUUCUCAUCCAUUUUUGUAUUACUGAACAUUGUGCAUGUAUUAUUAGCAAUCUUGUUUUUUGCAUUUGGGAGGUUCACAUUCAUACUUGGGGACUGACCAUCCUGACUUUUUUAAAUGUUUAUUAGUCCAUGUAGACAAAUACUGAAUGGUACCUUAAAAUGGGGCAUGACUUGUCCUUUUCAGUUCAUCAUCCACAAUCAUCCAAGGCUGUUUAUAAAGUAUCAUUAAAUGAAAUAAUGGCAUUCCAACUCUCACCUAGAAACUGCUUUUAGAUCUUAAGCUUUGGAAAGUUGGGUGUAUGAAUUUUCAACACGUAGUGGAACCUGUCUCCAGUUUAUAAAAGGAGAUGCAGUCAACUGUAAAAAGAAGUAUAAAAAUUAUAAUAAAAAAGCUGUCCCAUUAUAUGCCAUAUAGGCGCUUGAAGGGGUGGAGGUAUAGCUCCUACUCUUUCUUGACCUCAGCACUAGAUGGGGGUGA